AUAAUUCUAAAGCUCACCACCUCAGGAUUGUUAUACACAACUCACAUAAGCUAAUCAAAGAAAACUUUAGGAUUAUCUUCAUCAUAUUAAAGUCAAACAGGAAAAGGAUAUUUUGACAAUUUUGUUUGCAAUAGAAUAUUAGAACACCACAAAAAUAAAUUAUAAGGAAGCCAAAAUGAAGAAGUUAUCAAUCCCAACUCUACUUCUUAUAUCAAUCGUCCUAACUUCUGCGGUCCUUGAGAUUGCUGAUGCUACAUCAUCCCCUGGAGGUCCGGAUUUCUGUCCGAGCAAGUGCGCUUCGAGAUGCUCCAAGAAUCCAAGGAACUUAUGUAAGAAAUUGUGCAUGAUUUGCUGCUCAAAGUGCAAGUGCGUUCCUUCAGGUCCUUUGGCGGACAAAAGCGAGUGCCCUUGCUACAGAGACUGGAAAAACAAGAAGGGCAUGGAUAAGUGUCCUUAAAUACUCCAUGUAGUAUAGUACUCUACUUAACAAGGGAUAGCAGUACUAUUAUUUGCUAGGUAGACCUCCCUUUGCUUUUUAUUUGCUGUUUGUGCAUCUAGAUUUUAUCUGAAUUUCUUUGAAAGAAAUUAUCAAUAAUUAAAGGAUAUGAAACUAUUAGGUCAAAAUGUAACAUUAUCGAUUAUUAUGAAAAAGCUUGA